AUGACAGUCAUCGAGAAUGAUAUAUCACCGGAGGACUUGAAAAAGGAUGAUAUUUCCGACUACUACAACACAGAUUUUAACAUUCUCCGUUGGCUACAAGGUCAUAACACACUGCCAUUGAACGAGAUUGCCAGGAAAAUGAAGUUCCAUCUGAACCUCCGUGCCGCAUGGAAUCUGGAUGAUCUUCACAAAAAGGAAAGGAACCAUCCGAUUCAUAAGCACUGGAAAUAUGGUAUCACUGGUCCAUCGGGGCAUAUGGAUAAUGUUAUUGUUAAUAUUGAGCAGUGUGGUAAAACCGAUUAUACUGGUAUGAUGGAGACCUAUUCGAUUCUGGAGGUCAUGAGAGCCCGCAUGGUGGAUCUGGAACAAAUGUUGGCGCAUGUCAUGGAAAUCGAGGCGAAGACUGGAAAACAAGCUUGGAUCCUCUACGUCAUGGAUAUCACUGGUCUGCAGUAUAACAAAAAACUGUAUGACUUGGUGACUGGUUCGAUGAAAUCACUGGCUGAUUUUAUGGCUGACCAUUAUGUGGAGAUGAUUAAGUAUUUCGUUCCCGUCUGCGUACCAAGUUUUGCUACCGCACUCUACGUCGUUGUCCGUCCCUUGUUACCCGAAAAGACAAGGGAAAAGGUUCGACUGAUCGGAGAGACCAACUGGAGAGACGACGUUCUACAGUAUGCCAUUCACUCAUCACUGCCUUCGAUUUGGAACAACGAGAAUCAUACGUUUGGAGGGUUUAUCGAAUUGCCGGUGUCAUACCCAACUGAUGGAUACUACUCUGCAAAAAACCACAGUGUUGUCAAAAACGCCCAAACAAUUAAUGUCUCUUAUGGAAAAAUUCAUGUAGUCACGAAAUUCAUCAAGGCAGGUGGUACACUCAGAUGGUGGGUCCGUGGAAACCGCAAUUUUGGAUUUGGUGUUUUCUAUAGUGAUGAAGAACAAUGUGCAGAUUUCUUUGUCGCUAAGCAAGUAACCCCUUGUUUUCCAUGGAUGCCAGGACCGACGCUAGUACCAAUGGAGGACGAGGUUGUUGUCAAGACGGACGCAUAUUACCAUGUUUGGGUUAGCAAUGAGAAGUCGUGGUGGAGAACAUUAGAAGUGCAGCUUCUCGUCGAAUCCGAAUAA